AUGGCUAGUGACGUCGGUCAUGAUAGGAAAGACCUGGUUGCAAUAAUCCAGUCUGUUCACGCGAGUUUGAGGGAAAAUGCUGAGGCGACGUGCGCGGAGGACGCAUGGAAAGAGCAUUGCAGAGAUGAGGAAAUGCUAACAAAGUACCGCGAUGCGAUGAAAGAAUUGGCUACUCAACAUUGGCAACAGUCUGCUGCUAAUGAGAGAAUAACAUGGUGUAUCGAUACAACGAGAGAAUAUUUCAGACGUGGAGGACUUCAACGAGCACUCGAGAAAGACAAGAGACGAAUAGCAUACGAAGAAAGGCAACACAAAUCGGAAGGCUCAGUUUCUAGCAACGGAGCAUGUGUCGAUUGUCCUGAUCUGGAAAUGCCCAGCAAACCGGUCAACUGCUGUGAUCACACGGACAAACUCUGUCUUCUUGAUGUCGGUAGUUGCUAUAAUCCAUUUUCAUCCUACAGCAAGGAACUCAAUGUGAUAGCAAUUGAUAUCAACCCGGCUGACAAAAGUGUUUUAUGUGGAGACAUACUGAGCUUGCAAGUGUCUGAUCCCUUGUCUGAAGGCAGCACGUUUGAUACCGAGUCGCUGUCGACACCGAUUGUCUCUUUCCCACAACAUUAUUUUGAUAUUGUAGUGUUUUGCUUACUGCUAUCCUACUUGCCAUCGCCUCAUCAGCGAUGGAUGUGCUGUACAAAGUCUCACAAACUUCUCAAGACCAAUGGUCUGCUAAUCGUCAUUACUCCCGACUCAAAGCAUCAAAACCGAAAUGUGCCCAUGAUGAAACGAUGGAAGGCUGCCAUUGAGUCUAUUGGUUUCAAAAGGUGGCGAUAUGCAAAACACGACCAUGCUCACUGCAUGGCAUUUAGGAAGCUGGAUGUGCCCAUGGGGCACGAACCAAUACGGGAAGGCCCUAUGUCGCUGACUAUACCACAAGAGUUCAAUUCAUUGGAACGAGAAUGUCAAGGCCACCCGGCAAAGAAAACAAAAGUUGAGUAG